GUAAUGGUGACAUAAGACAGGCAGUCAGCCUUCUCACUGAUGAGAGAGUUAAGGAGCCCAGUCAAGACACUGUUGCUACAGAACCAUCUGAAGUAGAGGGGAGUGCUGCCAACAAGGAAGUAUUAGCAAAAGUGAUAGACCUUACUCAUGAUAACAAAGAUGAUCUUCAGGCUGCCAUUGCUCUGAGUCUCUUGGAGUCCCCCAAAAUUCAAGCUGAUGGAAGAGAUCUUAACAGGAUGCACGAGGCAACCUCUGCAGAAACUAAGCGCUCGAAGAGAAAACGCUGUGAAGUCUGGGGAGAAAAUCCCAAUCCCAAUGACUGGAGGAGAGUUGAUGGUUGGCCAGUUGGUCUGAAAAAUGUUGGCAAUACAUGUUGGUUUAGUGCUGUUAUUCAGUCCCUCUUUCAGUUGCCUGAAUUUCGAAGACUUGUUCUCAGCUACAGUCUGCCACAAAAUGUCCUUGAAAAUUGUCGAAGUCACACGGACAAGAGAAAUAUCAUGUUUAUGCAAGAGCUUCAGUAUUUGUUUGCUCUCAUGAUGGGAUCAAAUCGAAAAUUUGUGGACCCUUCAGCAGCCCUGGAUCUGUUAAAGGGAGCAUUCCGGUCAUCUGAGGAACAGCAGCAAGAUGUGAGUGAAUUCACACACAAGCUCCUGGAUUGGCUAGAAGACGCAUUCCAGCUAGCUGUUAAUGUUAACAAUCCCAGGAACAAAUCUGAAAAUCCAAUGGUGCAGCUGUUCUAUGGUACUUUCCUGACCGAAGGGGUUCGUGAAGGAAAGCCCUUCUGUAACAACGAGACCUUUGGCCAGUAUCCUCUUCAGGUAAAUGGUUAUCACAACUUAGACGAAUGUUUGGAAGGGGCCAUGGUAGAGGGUGACAUUGAGCUUCUUCCCUCCGAUCAUUCGGUGAAGUAUGGACAAGAGCGUUGGUUUACAAAGCUACCUCCAGUGUUGACCUUUGAACUCUCAAGAUUUGAGUUCAAUCAGUCCCUUGGGCAGCCAGAGAAAAUUCACAAUAAGCUGGAAUUUCCUCAGAUUAUUUAUAUGGACAGGUACAUGUAUAGGAGCAAGGAGCUUAUUCGAAAUAAGAGAGAAUGUAUUCGAAAGUUAAAGGAGGAAAUAAAAGUUCUGCAGCAAAAACUUGAACGGUAUGUGAAGUACGGCUCGGGCCCAGCUCGGUUCCCACUCCCGGACAUGUUGAAAUAUGUUAUUGAAUUUGCUAGUACGAAACCUGCCUCAGAGAGCUGUCCACCUGAAAGUGACACUUGCAUGACAGUACCACUUUCUUCAGUGCACUGCCCAGUUUCUGACCUGACAUCCGAGGAAAGUGGAAGCACAGAAAGCUCUUCUCAGGAUGUUGAAAGCAGCUUUUCUUCUGAAGAUUCUCCACACAAGUCUAAGCCACUUGUAUCUUCCCGGUCUUCCAUGGAAAAAAUGCCUACACACCCAGCUCCUCGAAAAGUCACGGACGAGGAGAUAAACUUUGUUAAGACCUGUCUUCAGAGGUGGAGGAGUGAGAUUGAACAAGAUAUACAAGAUUUAAAGAAUUGUAUUGCAAGCACUACCCAGACUAUUGAGCAGAUGUACUGUGACCCUCUCCUUCGUCAGGUGCCUUAUCGCUUGCAUGCAGUUCUUGUUCAUGAAGGACAAGCAAAUGCUGGACACUACUGGGCCUAUAUCUAUAAUCAGCCCCGACAAAUCUGGCUCAAGUACAAUGACAUCUCUGUUACUGAAUCUUCCUGGGAAGAACUUGAAAGAGAUUCCUAUGGGGGCCUGAGAAAUGUUAGUGCCUACUGUCUGAUAUAUAUUAAUGAUAAACUACCCCACUUCAAUGCAGAGGCAGCCCCUAACGAAUCAGAUCAAAUGUCAGAAGUGGAAUCCCUGUCAGUGGAACUGAAGCAUUACAUUCAGGAAGAUAACUGGCGGUUUGAGCAGGAAGUAGAGGAGUGGGAAGAAGAGCAGUCUUGCAAAAUCCCUCAGAUGGAAUCUUCUACCAACUCUUCCUCCCAGGAUUUCUCUACGUCACAAGAAUCUUCAGUAGCCCCCUCUCACGGGGUUCGCUGCCUGUCGUCUGAGCAUGCUGUGAUUGUAAAGGAGCAGACCGCCCAGGCUAUUGCAAACACAGCCCGUGCCUACGAGAAGAGCGGUGUGGAAGCAGCACUGAGUGAGGUGAUGCUGAGCCCUGCCAUGCAAGGGGUCAUCCUGGCCAUAGCUAAAGCCCGUCAGACCUUUGACCGAGAUGGGUCUGAAGCAGGGCUUAUUAAGGCAUUCCACGAAGAAUACUCCAGGCUCUAUCAGCUUGCCAAAGAGACGCCCACCUCUCACAGCGAUCCUCGACUUCAGCAUGUCCUUGUCUACUUUUUCCAAAAUGAAGCACCUAAAAGGGUAGUAGAACGGACCCUUCUGGAACAGUUUGCAGAUAAAAAUCUUAGCUAUGAUGAAAGAUCAAUCAGCAUUAUGAAGGUGGCUCAAGCUAAACUGAAGGAAAUUGGUCCAGAUGACAUGAAUAUGGAAGAAUACAAGAAGUGGCAUGAAGAUUAUAGUUUGUUCCGAAAGGUGUCUGUGUAUCUCCUAACAGGCCUGGAACUCUAUCAGAAAGGAAAGUACCAAGAGGCCCUUUCCUACCUGGUGUAUGCCUACCAGAGCAAUGCCGCUCUGCUGAUGAAGGGGCCCCGCCGUGGGGUCAAGGAAUCGGUGAUUGCUUUAUACCGAAGAAAAUGCCUUCUGGAGCUGAAUGCCAAAGCAGCUUCUCUCUUUGAGACAAAUGAUGAUCAUUGUGUAACAGAAGGUAUUAAUGUGAUGAAUGAGCUGAUCAUCCCCUGCAUUCACCUUAUCAUUAAUAAUGACAUUUCCAAGGAUGACCUGGAUGCCAUCGAGGUCAUGAGAAACCAUUGGUGCUCUUACCUUGGGCAAGAUAUCGCAGAAAAUCUGCAGCUGUGCUUAGGGGAGUUUCUACCCAGGCUUCUAGAUCCCUCUGCAGAAAUCAUUGUCUUGAAGGAGCCACCAACUAUUCGACCCAAUUCUCCCUAUGACCUUUGUAGCCGAUUUGCAGCUGUCAUGGAGUCAAUUCAAGGAGUUUCAACUGUGACCGUGAAAUAAGCUGCCACAUGUUCAGGCCCAUCCUGGUAUCUGGCUGCCUGUUGCACAGAAGUCUGUUGUCAUGGUACUCACCUUGGGAAAGGAUUAGGUGGACAAGCAAGACUCAGAUUCAGACCCCAGCCAUGCUGCGUGUGUAAAGAAGGAUUGAAAAUAAAAUUGCACUUUUUAGGUA